UUGUAGACGAAGAAGAGAAAUCGUUCCAUGGGGGAUACACACGCCCGUGCCCGGUCUGGCGUCCUUACCUGCAUGUAAUACGGAGUUUAGCCCAAGAAGAUUUCGUAUUGUUUUGGUAGCUCAAGGAAGUUUGACCAGGCAGGAUGCCGGAAGGAGGACGUCUUCAAUUGGCGGACAACAGCGAACAAUGGCCUUCGCAAGGAGAAACACCGCGAGGCCAGGAGUAUGUCCCCACAUGCCGAUUUUGUCUGAAUAACGACAACCAGAAGGAUAUGAUAAUGCCCUGCAAUUGCAAAGGAAAUUUGAGCCAUGCUCACGCAAAGUGCGUUGCAGUCGAGAUAUACCAAAACCGGAAGCCAGCCUGCCACAUCUGCAUGUAUCACUACAACUUGAGAAGGGACCAAAGGAAGACAGUAGUCGACUGGCUUGUGGACAAAGACAACCGUAUGGACCAUAUAAUCUGCGCGGCUAGCAUACCCUUCGCGCUCACUAUGGUUAUGGUGCUGACAUUCGCCUGGCUAGAAGCUCUCUCCAUCGUGUCCAAUAUCUACUGGUUCUUCAGCAUCCCCGUCAUUCUCCUGCUUCUCGUGCAGACAUGCACCUGGAUGGGCUUCUUCAUCUAUAGCCUAUGGUUGUACCACAAGGCCUACCUGCAGUGGAGGGACGAGGAGCCGCCUAUAGGAUUCUAGGGGAACAGCCGCCAACAUAGCCCCUGGAGCCUUUCGGAAUCGGACGCUAUUUAUUUUGUCCUCAACACCUUCCACCCACGAUACCAAGUCAUAGCACACGACCCUACUUCAUAAACACAUCACAACAAACAUUAACUGAAACUUAUCAAACGGUAUUAUGAAUAUGUGGUGUGGUUGCAUUAAACGUGCUGGGCACCAGGUGAUA